UUUCACCUCACCUCACCUGAUAAGGUAGUCCAGCUCACUGUGUCAACACAAUGUUUCGACCGGACAAAUGUGAGCCCAUUCCAGGCGGACCUGUCGCAAUAGCUUGACCUACAUAGGAUGUGAGCAGUCGGAUAAUACCUGUCGGUGGAGAAUACCCCGGUUGUAUGUUUGCAGCCAUUACAUUUCGUGGAUCGAUACGGCUAUGAAAUCAUCGCUGAUUGUUUUCACAUUUCUCACUUUAAAAACUAUUUCCUAUACGACAGCGUAUUGCAAAGAUGAGGCUGGUCUACCCCUGUCAUGUCCUCGUGGUUGCUGUGGCUCACUCAGAUACAGACAGUUUUGUUGCGACUCCUCAAGUAAAUCCGUUGGUUUGCCAACUGGAGUAAUUGUUGCAAUCGUCUUUGCUGUCAUCCUCCCCCUUAUCCUUGUGUUUGGAAUCGCUUGCUGCUGUGUCUACUGUCGCGGGGCAUCAUCCAAGCAACAUCGUCACGUGAUACACACAAGUCAUCUUGCUGUGAUAAACACAGGUUAUUCAACAGAAACAGAUGACUUUGGAAACCCAAUUAGGCCGCCUUUAAGAGCAAGACAAUUCCGUCCCCCUUCUACAAAUUCUACAGCGCGUUCUCCACACGUUGACUACUCAACGACUUCAACAUCUGCGGUCCAGCCUCUGAAAGUCCCGCCGCCACACUACAAUGAGGGCAUAACAACGAAUACCACAGUACAUGAAGCAGGGCCAAUGAUAACAACUGUGUAAUUACUGGAAGAAACACGCUCGUUCAAACUUUCCUUCACUCGAUUGACCACCAUUGACUCCCCAAAAGAUUUGACUUCCCUUGCAAAGAUAUUUGCUAUGUGGGAUUUGCUCAGGACUGUGUUGUUGUGGACAGUCAAUAUUUUUACUUUGAAAAGAUUUUAUUUGGUUUAUAUUUUUAGGCAUGCAUGAUGUAUACUUACCCUUCCUUUCGUAUUUUAAGGGUGUUGUUGAUUGGACGAAACAAGAAAAUCAGGGUAUUGACAUCCUCUCAGGAAGAAUCAGGCAAUAGAUCCCACCACCUCGCUCAAUCGCUUACAUUUACCAGUUAUAAUGGGACGGCGUGGCUUGAUUAACGUCGAGGCUCUUCAUGAUAGAAUAGCCUUGUGCACUUUUGCAAACAUUUAUUUUUCUGGUAAUCCUCUUGUGAAGCAUGCCAAGACUCAUGAUGAAAACAAGGCAUUCAACAGUUUUCAUAAACGAGACAAGGAUGUGGGACAUAAUCUGAAUGUCAAUGUUGAUUUUGUUAAUGGUUGACGGAAAUGAGUGUCACCCCAGGGAACUGCCAUAUCAAAUCCGCCCAGACUCAGAAACGUGAAACCGAAGGGUUUCUGUUUGCUGCUCAAGACCAGUCACUUCCCACUUCCCACUUCCCACUUCCCACAAUGUGUGAAUUUGCAUCAAAAUGGAAAUAUGAAAUGUAGAUUAUGCAAUGAAUUUAAUGAGACUGCCCAACACAUUGUCAGUGGAUGCCCAGCUUUGGCACAAACACAGUAUCUUAAGCGACAUGAUGG